AUGUCCAGGUUCAGGAUCCUGCUGACGGUGGUGGUCAUCUUCCGCAUCCUGAUCGUGGCCAUCGUGGGAGAGACGGUGUACGAGGACGAGCAGACCAUGUUCAUGUGCAACACGCUGCAGCCGGGCUGCAACCAGGCGUGCUACGACAAGGCCUUCCCCAUCUCCCACAUUCGCUACUGGGUGCUCCAGUUCCUCUUUGUCAGCACCCCAACCCUAAUUUACCUCGGCCACGUUGUCUAUCUCUCCCGGAAGGAGGAGAAGCUGAAACAACAGGAGAGCGAGCUUCGGGCCAUCCACAGCAAGGACCCAAAGAUUGAGCAGGCCCUGGCAGCCGUGGAGAAGAAGAUGUCCAAGAUCUACAUGACAGAGGAUGGGCGGCUCAAGAUUCGAGGGGCACUGAUGUGGACGUACAUCAUCAGUGUGAUCUGCAAGAGCAUCUUUGAGGCUGGCUUCCUUGUUGGCCAGUGGUACCUGUACGGCUUCUCCAUGGUGCCCCGCUACGUGUGCAAGAGGGACCCCUGCCCCCAUCAGGUGGACUGCUUCAUCUCCCGCCCCACUGAGAAGACCAUCUUCAUCAUCUUCAUGCUGGUGAUGGGCCUGAUCUCC